AUGAUGGAGGAGCAUCCCGCAGCAGGAGGAGGCAUCAGCCUGCAGGACGUCCUGAGAGGACGGACGGACGGAGCUCAGAAGACGAGGAGCAGCUCCAACAUGAUCCGAGUGUUCAUCAGCUCCACAUUCACAGAUAUGAGCAGCGAGAGGAAAGCCCUGCUGGAGAAAGCUUACCCAGAAGUCCUUACUUUCUGUCGCGGCCUGGGGCUGGUGUUUGAGGUGGUGGAUCUGCGAUGGGGGAUCCGGAGCGUCUCGUCUGGAGACCACGAGGCCUGCGAGGUCUUUCUGCAGGAGAUCCAGAACUGUCAGAGGAUCUCAGCCGGACCCGCCUUCAUCGCUCUGCUGGGGAACCGGUACGGCCACCGAGCUCUCCCUCGCCUCAUCCCAGAGAAACACUUUGAAGCUCUGUUGUCCAAACUCUCCAAAGACCCUGAAGGCAUCACGCAGCUGAGCCGGUGGUUCUUAAAGGACGACAACGGUCCGCCCGCCUACGUCCUCCAGCCGAUCGCGGCUCACUUCCCCUACUUCGGUGACCUCAGACCUGAGAGCGGGCCACGGCGGGACAAAGAUGUCCUCUCGUGGCGUUUCACAGAGAAUCAACUGUUGCGGCUCCUACGCUCGGCCGCCGCCGCCGCAGAGUCAGCCGGUGACAUCACAGCCGAGCAGAAACAGAACUUCUACACAUCAGUCACAGAUCGAGAGUUCGAGCACGGUUUGUUCCAGGACGCCGGCGAUCAGUCCGCUUUGCUCUUUGUCCGAGAGAUUCCUCGCCAGAGAGCGAGGGACGGCCCCAAACGUCUUGCCAAGUACAUGGACCUGAACGCCGACGGGCUGCUGGACGCGGAAGCUCAGGGACUCCUCGGUGCCCUGAAGGCCCGCCUCUACGCCUCGUCGCAGAAGAUCCUGAACCUGCACUGCGUGGAGCUCAGCAAAGGAGGCGUCGACCCCAAACGCAAGGAGCAUGCUCAGUACCUGGACGCCGUCUGCGAGCAGUUCGUUUCUCAGAUGAAGGCGAGGGUCGGAGCGGCGGUGGAGACGUUGGUGGACGGGAGGAGGAGGAAGGUUUGGGGAAAGAUCACGGACAAGAAGGAGGAAGUCCCGGAUUGGUUGAUCGAGGAGUUCGGGCGUCACGCUGCCGUGACCAGCGAGCUGUGCGGAGGUCUCCGUGGCAGGGAGGGCCUUCUGGGUAAACUCUGCCUCGCCAUGUGGGAGAGGACCAACGUCCCCCAUGGCCCGCUGGUGGUGCACGGCGCCGCCGGGAUGGGGACGACGGCGCUGCUGUGCAAACUGGUGCAGGAGAUGCGUGGCGUCCUGGAGGGCGGGGCGGUGGUGGUGAACAGGAUGCUCUCAGCUCACCAUCCUCAGAGACCGGACAUCGACCACGUCCUCCGCAGCGUCUGCCUCCAGAUCUGCUUGGCGUGUGGUUUGGCUCCGCCUCCCUCCCCGCCGACGGCCAGCGCUCACCUGGACUUGUCGCGGUUCUUCAGAAACGUCCUCGCUGAUGUCUCACGGCGGGGGAACACGAUGCUGGUCGUCCUGGACGCUCUGGAUCAGCUGUCAGACCAACAUCACGCCCACAAACUUUACUGGCUCCCCGCCGACCUCCCGCCCAACAUCCACCUGGUGGUCUCCAUGGAAACCAACAGCGAGGUGUUCGCCAACAUGCGGCUGAAGCUGCAGACUUUGGAGAGUUUCUUCGCGGUGGAGCGUUUGUCUCACGUCGAGGGGAAACAGGUGAUGGAGUCGUACCUGCGAGCCUCUCGGCGAACCCUGACCCCCGAGCAGAGUGACGCCGCGCUGCACAGCUUCGAUGCCACCGGCUGUCCGCUGCACCUCAAACUGAUUCUGUCCGCGGCCAAACGCUGGACGUCCUUCACCCCGCUCACACACACACACCUGGGAGCGAGCACACAGGAAAUGAUGUCACAGCUUCUGCUGAUGCUUGAGGACAAACACGGGAAAGAACUGGUGGGUGGAGCCUUAGGAUACAUCACUCUCGCAAGGGAGGGUCUACUGGAGGCUGAACUGCGUGAUGUCAUGUCCCUGGACGAUGAUGUCAUCACUGAGGUGUACAGUCACUCCUUCCCUCCGACACCCUCAUUGAUCCGGCUGCCCCCCCUCCUCUGGGCUCGACUAAGAUGGGACCUCGAGGAUCAGCUGGAGGAGCGCUGGACCAACGGAGUCGCCACCAUCGCCGUCAACAAUAGGCGUCUCUGCGAGGUGGUUUCAGCUCGGUAUCUGACAUCAGAGCGAAGGGGGCGGAGCCUGAGGGUCCUGGCAGAGUACUUCCUGGGUCGGUGGUCGGGGAAACUGAAGCCGGUGGCUCUGCCUGGUCUGUCACUGCUCCUCUCCGACAGAAAGGUCCCACCCCAGCCACUGUGGUUCGGUCCUGAAUUGGCUAACGUCAGGAAGCUCCAGGAGCUGCCGUAUCACCUGCUGCACGCCGGCCUGUGGGACGAACUACGACAAGUAGUAAUAGGCAGUGCAGAGUGGCUGUUCUGCAAGAGCAGGGUGUGCGGGGUGUCCAGUGUGAUCCAGGACCUGGACCAGUGCUCCCAGUACAUGGACUGCACUGAGACCAGACUGAUUCGGGACACUCUGGUCCUCAUCAAACCCAGUCUGGACUUCCUGGAGGGUCACAUGGAUAUGUCUCUGUUCUACACCGAGCUCUUAGCCAGACUCUGCUCCUUGGCCAAGCCUUUCCCCUCUGUGAUUGGCCGACUCUGCAGCCAAUGUGAAGAGUGGUUACUAACGUGUCCGGAGCCGAUCCUCAUCCCUAAGUGCAGCUUCCUGCAGCAGCCAGGGGGGGCGCUGCAGCACACUCUGACUGGACUUCAGGGAGGUGUUCUCUGUCUGGACCUCAGUGUGGAGGCGGAGCUUCUGGUCACAGGUUCAGACGAUGGCGUGAUAGCGGUGUGGAGCCUCGCUGACCAACAGCUCGUCUACUCCCUGAUCGGACACACAGGCGCAGUUUUGUCUGUCAAAGUGCUCGAAAGCUCCGCCCACUGCCUCUCAUUGGCCGCUGACGGCUCUCUGAGGAGGUGGAGCCUAACGAGUGGCAAACAGCUGCUCUGCAUCCAGGAGGCGAUGCCUGUUGACUCCGCCCCUUCGACAUCACACCUCCACGUUUCCAAACAGCUGAUGUUUGUUUACACCAACAAACAGGUGAAGGCGUGGCGUCUGGACGGCUCCGACCUCCUCAGCAGCAGUGAUGGCGGCUUGCUGGUUCUGGGAGUUCUGGAGGAUUCUGUGGUUUCUCUGAGCGACUCUGGACGGGUCAGAGUAUUUAACCCUUUAAGCGGGGCGCCGGCUCUGCAGACUCAGCUGGUCACCUCCCCGAGACGAGUGACUCCUGUGAAGUCUGUAACGUUACCUAAACGAGGGAAAGUGUUCCUGGUUUCUGAAGAAGGACUUCUCUAUCAGGGGAGUCAAACUGACACUGAAUGUGUUUAA